AUGAAGUCCCUCGUCGCACUCUCUCUCCCUGCUCUCGCCCUCUCCGCACCACUCGUAGCAGACACCUUGUCCGCACCUCCAGCUUUCAAGAUUAACAAAGUCGUUUCCGGCGGCUCCGGUUGUCCUCAAGGCAGCAUCGACAUCGACUGGACUAACAACGGCAUCCUGCCCAUUUACUUCAGCAAAGACUUCACAGCUACCGUCGGUCCCAGCGUGACCGCCGAUCAAAGCCGCAAAAACUGCCAGAUCAACCUCGACAUCUCCUACAGCGCUGGUUACAGCUACAGCGUCUACAGCGCCGACUACACAGGCUGGGCGGACAUCGACAGCGGCGUGAAGGGCACCGUCGUGGCGCAUUACUAUUUUUCCGGAGAGCAGGCUACUGUAACUAAUCCUCUUUCUUCCUUCUAUUCCUCCCCGCGCCUCCCCUUACGUCCCCACUCCCUACCCAUCCAUGUGCCUACUCAAGAUAUAAGGCUGACACAACCCCAGGGCUCAACAAGCCUCACUCUCCAAGGCCCAUUCACCGGCAAGUACGUCAAGAAAGACGACGUCGCCGUCAGCGUGUGGAGUCCCUGCGGCCAGCAGUCGCUGCUGAAUGUGAAUGCUGAGGUGGCGCUCACGCCGCUGGGAAGCUAUGCGAGCGGCCAGCUGGCGGUGAAUAAAGAGACGGGCAGGUUUGCGAGUCAAUUGUAUAUCCGGUGGAAGCAGUGUUAA